UUUUUGUUUUUGACAUUGAAACUUGACAGUUACCACAGCUUACCGCAACCGAAUCGUGACUUUCAUAAAUUGUUAAAUCUUAUUUUGUUUGCAAUAAUUAAAAUACAAAAUAUGGCUGCGUCGGUUGUUGAUACUUACACGGACCCUACCAUGAGCUGGAUGAACGCGCCUCACAGCACAGGGACAUCUAUUAUGGCCUGCGAGUAUGAUGGAGGAGUUGUGAUCGGCGCCGACUCUAGAACGACCACCGGCGCUUACAUCGCUAAUAGAGUUACGGACAAGUUGACUAGGAUCACCGAUCACAUCUACUGCUGCCGCUCUGGUUCAGCUGCAGACACUCAAGCUAUUGCUGAUAUUGUCACUUACCAUUUGAAUUUCCACAAGAUGGAAUUAGGUGAAGAGCCGUUAGUACAGACUGCUGCGGCUAUUUUCAGAGAACUGUGUUACAAUUAUCGUGAUUCUCUUGUAGCUGGUAUACUUGUUGCUGGCUGGGAUAAGAAGAAAGGAGGCCAAAUAUACUCUGUACCAAUUGGUGGUAUGGUACAACGCCAAGCAGUUUCUAUUGGAGGAUCGGGUUCUACGUAUGUCUAUGGUUAUGUUGAUGCCAAUUUCAAGCCCAACAUGACUAAAGAGGAAGCUAAGAAAUUUGUCACCAACACCCUAACGUUGGCUAUGUUACGAGAUGGUUCGUCUGGUGGGGUUGUAAGGCUCGGUGUGAUAUCUGAGGCUGGUGUUGAGAGGUCGGUUAUCCUUGGUGACCAGUUGCCUAAAUUUUAUGAAGGAUAAAUGUUGGAGAGUGAAAUGUAAUGUUUGAUUUUUAAGGUAUUAUAAAUUUGCUAUAAAAA